AGGCCUAAUCUAUGAAAAGUAGUUACUAUUACCUUUUCAUGGAGCGCUCCAUGUCCUCAAUCAUCUCCUCAUCGUCCUCAUCUUACACUGUUCUGACAAUUGAUUGUGUAGCACAAUGACCUCAUUCGAUGAAGAAUUACCUUGUUUCGGGUCCAGACUUUUUAUAAUACUCUUGGCUUUUUCAACAUAUAUUUCUUAUAGCGUCAAAGCAUCCUCUUCGUAUUUCUUUCGUGUCAAUUUCUUCUAAACAGUUAAGGUUUUCUGCUUUUUUGUUUGCAGAGCGUUCUCGCGUUCCUCGAGUUGUAAUAUCAGCCAUUUCCCUUUCGGAUUUGCAUUUUUCGAAGUUCGGGCAUCGUCCUGCAACUGUGACAAUCUGAUUCAAAAUUCAAACCCGCGUUGUUGCCAGGUUAGAGCGUUGUUAACGCGAAUGAAACAAGCCGAUAGACCGACCGCAGCACGCUCGGGAGUCGGGAGACAUCUACGAUCGAUAAAGGCUCGCGGAUAGACUCCAAAAUCGUCGCGCGGCGGAAAAUCGGCGCGAGGAAAAGAAAAAGAGAGAGAAAGAGGAAGGGAAGAAAAAACGAAAUAAAUAGAGAAAGAAAGAUCGGCGAGCGGCAAACGAUCGGCACUCUUUGGCAGCGACGCGACGCUGCGAUAUUUGCGACACGAAUGAUUCUGCGCGGCAUCGCACGAUUAAUGUAAUCGGCAGGUGAUUUCACGUCGCUGAUUAAGCGCCAUGUCCCGCGAUGGACCAAUCAGCUGCUUGGUAAACCGCCGUGAGACCUCGAGAAUCUGUCCCCCACAGACGAAUGACAACAAAAGAGACUGAUAGAAGUCGCGCGCGCGAGAGAGAGCCCGAGUUUUUUCGCACGCGAGUGUGUGUAUCCCGCGCAGCCGAGGCCGAGGGGUAUAUCCGCCGCCGCGGCUGCUUUUUUUCCGUUCCCCGUAGCGCGCCGCGAGUAACGUCGCUUCGCUGGUGGUGAAAGUGUCGAGGAAUAUGAAGAGGAGAAAUGUCGAGUGCGGUAAGCUUCGGAGGCCCUUGAAACGCAACAAGCUCACCGAGGGAAUCUACGGAAGUAUCUUGCUUUAUAUAAAGUUUUUUCUACUAUGGGCCAUGGUGAUUUUGGCAGACUUUAUUUUGGAAUUCCGUUUUGAAUUCUUGUGGCCAUUCUGGCUACUCCUCCGAAGCGUUUACGAUUCCUUUAAAUAUCAAGGCUUGGCCUUCUCUGUAUUUUUUAUUUGUAUUGCACUUACGUCAGACAUGAUUUGCUUUUUUUUCAUCCCUGUGCAUUGGCUGUUUUUUCUCGCCAGCACUUACGUUUGGGUGCAAUAUGUUUGGCACACAGAUAAAGGUGUGUGCCUACCAACUAUGAUGCUGUGGCUACUAUUUCUAUAUGUAGAGGCAGCAGUGCGGUUACGUGACUUACGUCAUAUGCCAUUUCAUCUUGACCUCUGUCGGCCAUUUGCAGCACAUUGCAUUGGCUAUCCUGUAGUUACAUUGGGCUUUGGUUUUAAGAGCUAUGUAGGCUACAGAAUGAGACAGAGAAAACAGAAAGAUGUGGCAAAGGAGAAUGAGUUUUACUUGCAAUUACUGCAACAAGCACUGCCUCUAGAGCAACAAGCUAUGUCGAUGCAGCAGAUCCAACCGCAAGUGCAGUCACAGACGCAACAUGUCACUACGUCGUUGGAACAACACAUUAAAACUCAAACACAUAAAUUGAGUCCACAAUACAAUCCAAGCCCUGAAAAAAGCAAAGGUAAGGGCAGUAACAAUUCUAUAGAAACAAACGUACAAAAUGGUGGAGUACACAAUAGUAGCCAAAUCACAUCACAAGCACAGAGCGCUACUACUAAAGGUACUCAUAGAAAAUCCUUAGAUAAGAGUGAAAAACAGGAAGAGCAGCAUAAUAAACAUAAUGUAUCAAAUAAUUCACCAUCGGACAAAAAUGAUAAAAGAUUUAUACAUAGUAAUGGAAAUACAGUAUCGCAUAGUGACAUACAGCUUAUCGAGAGGGUGGGAUCCGUAAAUGAUUUCGACAUAAAUGAAGUGGAAAAAGAUAAGUCUAUCAAGGGUUGUGGACACACUACAAUAAAAUCGCAAUCAAACGGUUCGGUAACCGGAAAAUGGAAUAAUGUGAAGGAAAGUCGAGAUUCAUCGUCGACUACCAAUGUCCAACGCGAACGUAAAACUCGACAGGUUAAAAAUACAGGUGACAUCACAGCAGAGCAACAGAAACAACAAGACGAGUAUUAUCAAAGGUUACUGAUGUGUCGCAGGCUCGAGGCGGAUAUAAAACGCUUGAAAUCAGACUUGCAGUCAAGUCGUCAGUUGGAACAAGAAUUACGUUCGCAAGUCAAUACCUUGCUUAACGGAGAGCGGCAGGCUAAGGGCGACAUUCAACAACUCCAACAUGAUAACGAACAACUACAAAGCAAAUUGCAUGGUUUAGUGACGGCGCGUCAACUAGAUAAACAGACGAUGUCAUCAUUGGAAAAACGAAUUGCAGAAGAGAGGAAACAACGCACUGCAUACGAAGCGUCCUUGAUUUCCGAACGGAGGGCACGGCGGGCUGCCGAGGAGGCACGUUCCGCGAUUCCACCGCCACCACCUCCGCUUAUUAGGCAAGAAUGCACUGAAGCGUGUAAAAGUCGAAGAUCACAAAUGGAACAAGAUCUUAAAAACCUGCGUCGUGAACUUAAAUCGAAGGAGGAAAAGUGUAACAUAUUGGAAAAAGACAUAGCGCGUUGCAAAGAGAAUCAUAGAGAGUCCGAAAUUUUACUCGCUGCACUCAACGCGCUACAAGACAAAAACGCGCAUUUGGAAAACAGCUUGAGCGCAGAGACACGUAUAAAACUUGAUCUUUUCUCAGCACUCGGUGAAGCCAAACGGCAAUUAGAAAUUCGAGAAAGCUUAAUCAGAUCUCACGAGAAAGAAAUCGAGAUGUUGAAAACAAAAAUAGCGCAAGAUUUAGCUGUGAUGCCACAAGACACAUUUGGUCCAGCGCCAACCUGUGCGACGUCCAAGCUACGUUUAAAUAGUGAAGUGAGAGUAGCAGGAACAAAAAUACGUUCAAACGAAAGUCCCUGUCCGGGGUGUACUGUGUCGAAUUUGGAUCCGAAUGCGACAGCGUACACGCCUAAAAGUUCCCUUGUAGCGUCGACCGAAGCUUAAAAACUGCAAUUGUUCUCUCUCAUCAAAACCCGAUAGGAUGUAUCAAUUACAAAAGGAUGUUUCAAGUUUCUCUGUGGAAAUAUUAAUCAGUUUAAUUCCUGCAGGUAUAUGGCGAAAAUAUGAAUUUACUAAUAUCAGAUCUUUCCUAUAUACUCCUAUAUACUUCUUAAAAAGAUAAUAUUUUUAUUAUACACAGAUUCUUUCAAUAUGUAAAAGAAACUUGAGUCUUCCAUGAGAAACUUUAUGAAACAUAUUUUGUAUCAUGUCUUGUUCUUUCAGAGAAAAAAAUGAAACCGUUGACAUUACUUAUGAUCAUACGACGCGACACAUUGGUUUCUAGAAUGUCAAGGAAAUCCAGUGACAAUCUUAAUUUGUAACAUUUAUUAUUUUUUUUUAUGUGCUGCGAGUUGAUUUUACAGAUAUAUAAUAAUUUGUACCAGUGAAUGAUAAAAGUGUUUCCGCGCGUAUAAAGAUCAAUAAUAAACACACAAUACUUAGCUAAUAUUUAAUACCAUACCUAAUACUUUUAAAAAUCAAUAUAUUAACUAAAGCUAUAAAUAUCCGGAUAAUUCAAUAUUCGAAAGAUCUUUUAUUUAAUUAUACUCAUCCAGAUAUUUGUAUUAUCGGAUAAUCUAAAUAUCUGUGCAUUAUUAGAAUCUUAAAAUCCGAAGAUUUAAAUUUACAAAUUUGCAAAUUUGGAUUUGAACUAUCUGAAUUAUAAAACGAUAGAUGGAAUGCUAAUUUUUUUUCAUAAUAAUAACCAAUAAUAAUAUAUUAAAAUAUAUUAAAAUAAAAUUUAUGGAAGUCAUAUUCAACUUUUAUAUAUUUAUUAUAUAAAUAACAUUGCAAAGCAAAUAAUGCAAAAAAAGAAAUAAAAUAUUGUUUCUAUUAUUUAAUUACAUUUAUAUAAUGUCAAUUAAAUUUGAUUUUGUUAGUUUUCUGUCUACUUUUAUCUGAUAGAUAACUCAAAUUAAUAAAUAUGCAAAUUCGGAUAUAGAUUUGAUCUUUUGGAAUAUUAAAAUGUGAUUUAUUCGGAUAUUUCGAAUAUCGAGAUUUGAGUAAUCAAAUAAUCUGUGAACCAAUUAUUUAGAUGUUUGAACAGCAGCAUAUCCAAAUUGUAUUUAGCCUUAAUACUGACUGUUAAUUUAUAUAUAAAAUAUGUUUUAUAUCCUACACAAAGGAUAUAUUAUACAGAAUGUUUAUUUUGCUAAAUGCAUUUGUCAUGUACGAUUAAAAUGAUGAUGUUUCUUAUGAUAUACACAAGAUACAUUUCAUAAUUAUCUGUUUAUGUAUUUUAAUGUCUACAUGAAAUAUAGACAUUAAAAUACUAAUUGAUCUUUAACAUUUGAAAAUGAUAAUACAUACACACACACAAAUAUCUUACUAGUAAAAUCACAAUAAAAAAAACAUUAAUAUCUGUGUUAUAAUCUUCUCGCAGCAUAUGUCUAAACAUAUGAUGACUUGUCAAAGAUGUAUUUUUCUUCAAGUCGUAUAAUUGAAGCUAGUCCAUCAUAUUAUAUAUAUAAACUCUAUUUAAAUAUCAUUGGCAUAUGGAGCCAUUUUAUGUUAUGUGAUUAUCAUGCAGAAAUGAGCCAUUGACAACAAUAGAGGGAAAUAUGAACGUUAUAACAUAUAAGAAGGAUCAAAGUAAAUGUCACGACGCUAAAAUUGUUUUAGAUAAUCAUAUGCCUGUACGACGAUACUCUCACACACACAUACACACACACACACACACACAUGCGCGUAUUUUUCUGUGUUUUUAAAUUCUAAUAUAUUUUUAGUUAAAUAAUUCUCUUUUAUGUAUUGGCUUUCAAACGGUAUGAAGUAGCCAUUACAUUUUCCGCGAGAGUAAAAGUGUUUAAUUACAAUAUGUGAUAACAAAUUGAUCUAAUUUAAAAAUUUUGGCAUACAAUGAUCAUACUAAUAUAUGAGAUUAUGUAAUGCCAUACUAUGUUAACAAAAGCGGGAAAGAAUUUAAAUAUGAGAUAAUAAUUUUAUUAUAAGUACAAAAGUAUAGAGCAAAGUUAUCUUCGUUUGAUUGCUUUAUUUAAAAAAGAAUAUUUAAUUCUCUAUUUAGUGACAUUGAAUUGUUGAAAUUAUAUUGUGACUAGAUGUAAAGAUUUUUUUUCUUCUCUUUUAUGACGUCCAUUAAUAUAAUUUAAUAUGAUUUAAGAAUAGAAAGUUUUUUUUUUUUUUUUUUUUUUUUUUUCUCCUUUUUCUUUUAAUUGUUCUUUACACAUAUAUGUAUAUGUAUAAAAAAUAUGUUACAUGAUUAUGACAAAUUAUGCACCAUUGAAGGCAUAUGGUACAUAAUAUUAAAAUGAUCUGUUUACUUAAAAAAAUAUAACAAUUUACAUAUGGCGUAUAUUAAAGUGCAAAUUUUUUUAAUUAUUCAUGCAAAUUGUGUGCAUCUAUUAAUCUAUAGGCUUAUUAAUUACGCUGUAAGGAGAUAUUGUAUGUUAUAAUUUUGAUUUGUAUACAGAUUUUUUUUAUAUACUUUCAUCUUAAAAAUUGAUAAAAAUUGAUAAAAAGUUGUUAUAUAAUUUUAAUUUAAUUGGCUUAUAAAAUGUUUGGAAGAUUGUUAAGGAGAAUGCGAUGCGUGUGGCAUUACGAAAAAUUAAUCAAUAACGAUCAAAGAUAAAAUCGAUUGAAUAAUUAAUCGAUGUUAAUAAAAUCUGCUGUUUUUUAUUUUACCCGCAAGAAAGCCAGUACCUGCUUCAUUACAUUGAAAAUGUUGUAUAACACUUGUUAACUAUUACGAGAUCAUUCUCUCUCUUCCAUAAUUGUAUAUAUAAAGCAUUGUCAUGACAAUUUACUUAUGGACAUUAGUAGUGGAUCAUGACCAACUAGUCAAGCGAAGAAGGAAGUUCUACAAGCACAAAUAUUUAUUAGAAGAUACCCAAUAUUUAAAGCUUUUGUCUUCUAUGGAAAGAGAGGAUACAGAAUCCUUUCAUUUCAUUAAAAUUUAGUAUUUGGACUUUCAUUGGAUAAUGAACUUUAUGAGUCCAUGUUUCUCAAAUGAUCCACAUAAAAAACGUUGUAAAGGCUUUCCUGCACAAUGUGUAUUAUUAAAUUUUGAAUUUUAAUCUUUAAAAGAGCAGUGCUCUUUAAAAUUUAUUGCAAAUUUAUUCUAAGAAAGUUAUGUGAAAAAGUUUUCUAAGUUGCAUAUGUUAAUAAUUAUAUAUAUUGUGUAUUCAUAUACUUUCUUCGAUACACGAGAUAUUUAAAAAACUCCGAUGGUUGCUAGUUUGUGAAAAACAAAGGAAACCGUGUGUAUGCAUUUCUGUUUCCAAAUUGUUGUCCCAGUGUCAAAGAUAGUACACUUAUCUUUGAUCUUGCGAAUAAAUCGUUGAUAAGUUUCGAUUUAGAUUUGUGUUUGCUUACAUUUGUUUGUAUACAUAUAAUGUAGCAAAGACGAUACAGUGAAAUAUGUAAAUAUUUAUCGGAAAAAGAAACUUUGAUACCGCCUUUGGUACCGCAUGGAUGUGAUUGUUAAGAUUGUUAGGGCACUUGCGUGGCAUAAUUUUUUUUGCUAUAUAAGGUCACUUUAAGUUACAAGUACGAUAUUUGCCAAUUUCAUUAACACAAGGUUCAGAAAUGAAAUUAGAUACUAAAACAAUAAGCUUGUCAGCAAAAAAAAAAGAAAAGAAAAAAAUAAAGAUCAAGGAAACUAUUAAUUGUCAAAAAAGUUGAAGUAUGAAUUUAUGUACCUGACCAGGAUGUGUAGUAAUUCUUUUUUCUCUUUUUUUUGGCUGUUUUACUUAACUUGGAUUUAAUUCCAUUAAAAGGCUGGUUAAAAAGCAAUUAAUAUUAAUUAACGAAAUAAUAAUAAAUCAUGCACAUUGAGUUAUUGUGAUAUGCAUACAUAACACAGCCACAAAGAAAAAAAAUGCGCGCGCAUAUAAAACACACUUAUACACAUGCAUAUAUAUAUCACGUGUAAAUAAUACAUUCGCUUUUUACAUAUUUAUUUGUGUAUACUCGUAUAUUGCGUGCACGUCGGAUCACACGUGCACUUAUCUACGUGUAUAUACAUGCAUAUAUGUAUAAUUAUUUUAGUUAUUAUACAAUGAUGUUCUCUUAUAAUAAUAAAUUAACAAUGAGAUAAUUAAUCGAUCGCCGUAGGUAAGUUUCCUAUUUCCAAACGCAUUAUUUUACUUCGCACGAUAAGAGGAAGAUGUGCAUAACGUACAAGUACUUAAUUUUUUUAUCUUAGAUUUCAUUCAGCGUUUCUUCGAAUGUGUGUGAGAGAGAGAGAAAGAGAGAAAAAAACAAGGUGUGCACAAGUUCAGGUACUCUUGUAAUACCUGAAUAAUUUGUUCCCUGAUAUCUUAUAUAAUUUAUAAUUUUUUAAGUUGGCGAGGACAAUAAAAAGUUUUUCUGUUUUAUACCAAAUUUCGGCGUCGAGUCUAAUCGCAUUCUAAUAAAAAAAAUAUCGCGGAUGUUUUUUUAUACAUUAGUUAUAGUAAAGUUUUAUGCGCUUCCGAAAACAUUUAACUGCGUACUUAUUUUGUUAUUAUUUAUAGCAUUAAGUAAUCGCCGAGCGAGAUGAAUGUAGCAUAAUUAAGUUGCAACAACAACACGGCUAUUGAUCUCAUUAUAUACUGCGCGACCGUACACACGCAAAUGCCCUUAUUGAAAUAUAUAAAAAAACCGACAUGUGGAAUGAUUCGUUGAGAAAAUUUUUAAUGUAUUUGUAACGCGCUUUUUGUGGAUAAAUCAGAUCAAACAAAUGUGUUACAUACAUUGACAUACAAUCUUGAUUGAUGAAGAACCAAACGGCGUUUCAACGCGCGUUCCAUAUAUCAUACACCACAUACCUGAGCGGCGUCUGUUCAAUGAAAAUAAUAGAAAAAUCUGGAUAAAAAAAUUCUUUUACCAUCGAUGGUGUAAGAUUCUCGUAAAACAUGUAUAACAUAGCAUAUACGCUCCACUAUCAUACAUGCGUUUCUAUCGUUAAUUCAUAUAAUUUAAGCUUGUGUGAGGAUCCUGUUCGAACUGUGGCACUUUUCAUUCCGGUGCUAUAUAACAAUCUCAUCUAUUUAUAAUGAUUCUUCUUUCGCAUAUUUCCUGUCUAUCAGUCGAUCAUAUAGAAUAUAUUUGACUUUUGUUUUCAUAUUGAAAUAUACAUGAUUUAUAAA